AUGAAGGAGGCCUCGUGCUGGAGCAUACGAGAUGGAAGGGACACAAGCUUCUGGAAUCAGCCAUGGCUUGACUGUGGAGUUCUGCUCAGUGACCAUCUUCUGCAGGACAUCAAUGAGGAAGAGAGCAGCACGAAUGUGGCAGAGUGGGUGACUGAGGAAGAUGAGUGGAGGUGGGGAAGGUUAAAGGAACUCCUACCUGAUGACAUCCUUAUGUUGAUUGCAAGUAAAAUCACCCCUAACCCGGAGCUAGAGGACAAGAUGAUUUGGGGGCUUGAAAAAGAUGGGAGAUUCCGCCUGAAAUCAGCGUACAAUCUAGUUGUGAACAUUAACAGCGAGGGAGAGUCACCAAGAUGGAAGGCGAUCCGGCAAUGGAGAGGCCCCAACAGAGUCAAGCACUUCCUCUGGCUGGCUAGACACAAGAGACUUUUUAGCAACAAGGAGAGAACAAAACGGAAGAUCACCAGAGAUGAAGAGGAAUUGGUGGAACAUAUUUUGAGAAGCUGCACUAAGGCUAAGCUUAUGUGGGGCAGAUUCAAGGAGAAGAUCAUGGUGAAAGAUCACAACAUCCCUUUCCAGAACUGGCUUCUCUCAAACCUCAAGAACGAGAAGUCAGGGGUGGACUUUGGGAUCAUCUGCUGGAUGCUAAUCCGAGAAAAGAAGACACGGUCAACGCCGUCCUCCCUCAAACGAAGUCAACAGGUUGGAUGGAUACCCCCGCCGGAAGGGUGGGUGCAAAUCCAAACCGAUGGAUCAAUCCUUUCCCCGGAAGAACAUGUUGCUGCAGGAGGGCUCAUUCGUGAUUGUGAAGGCAGGUGCAAAGAAGCGUUCGUGUGCAAAUUGGGUAUCUGCUUAAUCACUAGUGCGGAGCUGAAAGGCACCGUGGAAGGGUUGAAAAUUGCAUGGAACAAAGGCUACAUGAGAGUCCAUUUGAACAUGGAUUCCUCUACUGCAAUUGCAAUCAUCAAGAACCGUGAGGACGAUGAACAUCGACAUGGUCAUAUUGCUCAUCAGUUUCACUACCUUCUUAACCUUGAUUGGAUUGUUGUUAUUUCUCAUAAUGGUGGUCAUCAUCAUGGUGACGAGGCUCCUAGUGUGGAGGAGAAGGCUGCUAGUACGGGUCCUGGUAAUAGAGACCCUGAGCAUGGAGGAGCUCCUCCUUGA